GGACUUUAUAAAAGAUCUAGGUAGAGGUCUUGCUGUAUUAACUAAGACAGAGAGGGCUGAAGGACACAAAGAAAACCUUUUCUUUAACCCAUCAUGGGUUACAGCAGGUUUUGGCUGUUACUGCUGCUGAGCAGCUCCACGCUGGCUCGGGAAGGCAUUGACAAUAAUGAACAAACUUCAUCAUGUCAAUUGACAUCCAGAUUCAAGACCAAUAGGAAAUAUAUGUACCAGUAUACCACAGAGAGCAGAAAUGGUGUGGUGGGCACUGCCAACCUGAGGAAUGGCCCUAAAGUCUCCUGUCAGGUCGAGAUCGAAGUCCCUCAGCCAUGCAGCUUCAUCAUGCACACCAGGGACUGUGCUCUCAGUGAGGUGUCGGUCAUUAAUCCCCAGGGUGAUCUGGUCUACAGGCAGGCCACCGGCUCUGAUGCCUUCAAGGCUGCCAUGGAAAAGAACCCUCUGAAGUUCACCAUGGAGGAAGUCACCAAUGUCCAGCUGUUCCCUGAGACAGAUGAGCCAGUCAACAUCCUGAACAUUAAGAGAGGCAUUGUUUCAGCCCUCAUGGUGCCAUUCAUGGAGGAUAAACAUUACAGCCACAUGAGCACAGUUCACGGCCGCUGUUUAACAGACUACACUGUGAAUGCCAGGAAGGAUAUUGACACAGAUGUCACCCUGGUCAGAGAUCUGUCCCAGUGUGACCAGUUCUACAGCAGAGAACUAGCCAACAGCCCCCUGGCCCUGCUGCAAAAACUGCACCGGCCCAUAUCUAAGCUGAUCACGAGCACUCAGGACUGCAACUACCAGUUUGAUCACAAGGGAAAGCACAUCACGACAGCCACAUGCACAGAGAAACACAUCUACUUGCCUUUUUCUCAUGAGGACAGUGGAAUGUCAUCUGUGGUGACCCAAGAGCUCAGCUUUCAAAACUCCAGAAGGAUCAACAAAAUAUUUGAUGUGAACCCCAGCCAGAGGAAGCCACUCCACUUUGAAGACCCAGAUGAUAAAGCCCCAGUCCAGACAAAGGAUGCUGUCCUGAGCUCUCUGCGGGACCUUGUGGCUUUGGCAGGCACAGGCCAGGGUGAGAAGAGGACCAGCCUUUUCCAUAAGCUGGUGUCCAGCCUGCGUGUUCUGAGGAACGAGACCCUGAGCGAGACAGUCACUGAGAUGUUCGAUAUGUCAGGCUGGCUCACCUGGCAGGCUCUGUUCCAGUGUGGGACACCAGAGUGCACCAGUGCGAUCCUCCAGGGUAUCAGGACCAUUGAUGGGGUGUCACUAGAGGUGGAUGCUUUAGUCUAUGGACUGAGUCUACAGGCUAAUCCUGACGCUGCACGUGUCCGAGAUAUGCUCAGCAUGGCACAGUAUAAACAGAGCAAGUCAAUCAUGUAUGCUCUAGCCAACACAGUCAAGAAGUUCCAUAAAGGAGAUGUUACCUCAGUGGUCACAGAUGUGGCAGAAUUCAUGAAAACACUCUUAAAUGACUGCUCGGGAGAAAUCCUUGAUGACGACUAUGAUUUUCCCGCUGACCCCAAGGAGACGUCCUCCUUGUCCUUCCUUGUACUGAGGGUUGUUGGUGUCAUGGGUGAAGCCAUGCAAGAUGUCAGUCCCAGUCUGAUGAACUCAGUUUUGCAGUGUGCUAAGAAAACAGACAUUCCACUACCAGACCAAAAGGCAGCUAUACAGGCCUUAAGACUGAUGAAUAUUAAUGAUGAGAUCAAAGACACUCUCGUGGAAGUGUACCAGGAUGCUCAGAGCCCUGUUGAAAAACGAAUAGCAGCCUACCUUGUUCUGAUGAAGAACUCAGACCAAGCCCUGGUUAGAGAUAUUGUUAACAAUGUUGAGAACAUGGGAGACGAACAGCUCAAGAACUUUGUGGUUUCCCACCUGAACAACAUCCGCAAUUCCAAUGAGCCGCAAAUGCACCAACUCAGGGAGUACAUUGAGUUGGCCUUGACGGACGAGCUACCAUCCCCUAACACAGUAUUUGAUGGAAUGUCACACAACUAUAAAGUAGACUCUCCUGUGGGCUCAGUACAAAGCAACAUCAUUUUUGAUUCUAUGGACACCUUACCUAAAGAAGUGAUGCUGGAGACCACAUUAAAGGUUUUUGACUACAACUAUGACAUCUUUGAGGUCGGUGUUGAGGGAACAGGAUUUGAACCAAAAAUCGAUGCUCUCUUUGGAGAAAAGGGUUUUUUCCCAGACUCCAUCUCCAAAGUUAUGUACUGGGCAGGUGACAAAGCCCAGGUGCUCAGAAAGGUUUUGGACAGAAUCACCCCAAACAGAGACAGAAUGAAGAGACAGGUCCCACAGGAUCUGCUCAAAGAUAUCACAACUAACAUCCAGAAGCUCAUAGAUGAUGUGCGCAUGUCUCCAAGCCCUGAAGCAAUUGCCUUUCUUCGACUUCUGGGAAAUGAGAUAGGAUACAUAAAGACCAGUGAAAUGAGAAAGAUGGCUGAGACUCUGUUCAUGUACUACCAUGUUUUCGUCAGGGUGCUGCCUGCUCAGGCCUUUUUUGCAUUGACAUCUAGCACUGAAAAUGAAGUCUUUGCCCACUACAUCUUCAUGGACAAUGCCUUUUCUCUACCCACUGCCUCUGGCUUCCCUCUGAAGUUCUCACUGGCUGGUGUUGUUACACCUGGGGCCAAAGGAGGCCUGACUUUUUCACGUCCAGAGAGGGGUACAAGAAGGACUGACUUGUCCUUCAUGCCUUCAGUAGGGCUGGAAUUCAUCACUCAAAUGGGUGUGCACAUUCCAGACUAUGUAAAUGCUGGGCUUGAGAUGCACACUAAUAUGUAUCAUGAGAGUUCCCUCAAUGCCAAGGUCACCAUGGACAACAAACAGAUAAAACUGUCCAUCCCUGCUCCUAAGUCAAACACUCAGUUGCUUACAAUUAGCAACAAGCUGCUGUCAAUCUCCUCUGGUCAAACAAUAAUAGUGCCAUCCCUGGUGGAGGACCGAACUGACUCAACUGACUGCCAGCCCCUAAUCAGUGGUCUGAAAUUCUGCACAAUAGUGCGUUAUUCGAAUGCUACUUCCUUGGACCAGGCCCCAUAUUACCCCCUGACUGGAGAAACCAGGUUUGCACUUGAAAUCCAGCCCACAGGAGAAGUUUCAGAAUACACUGCUACCAUCACUGAUGUAACGCUCAGGGGUCGUCACAAAGUAGAGUCUCUGAAGUUAACCCUGAAGGCAGAAGGUGACGAUUCAUCAGAGGUGACCAUAUCUCUGAAGUACAACUUCAAUAAGAACACUCUCACCUCUGAGGUUGUCAUUCCUAAUUAUGAUGUGGAAGCUGGUAUCAAAGUGGCUGUAACUGACAGUGAUGCCAAAGGAAAGAAGAUGAGAGGUAUCACCAUUGAUGUCACCAACAGGAACAUCCCACAACUGACUCUUAUUGGACGCACAAGACUUGACAUGAUGAAGGAUGCCAUGCUGCAACUCCAGAUGGUCAUUCCCUCUCUGAAAGCUGAUGUCUCUGUCACUGCAACUCUGAAGAAGGAUGAAGAUGUGCUCAUGGACUUAAAGACAAUCGUCAACAUCUCUGAGUCUUCCUACCAACAGAAAGCUUCCCUCAAAUACGAUGAUGAAAAAGUUGAACUAGAACUGAAAUCAGACAUGAAUUCAGACAUCCAGAAAUUGAUCCCAAAUAUAGAGGAUCACCACAGGCAGUUGCAACAGUUCAUCGAUCAUAUGUUGGACCAGCAAGUGGCAAAGACUGAUAUGAAGCUGCGUCACAUUGUUACCAAAGGAAUUGAGGCAGGUCAUAUAUGGCUAGACAAACUGACAGCACGCUUCCCCUAUCUUGCAAAUCUGCGAAGCAAGAGGAGCGUCUCAGAUCUCACCUUGCCAGCCCUGCCUGAGAAGCUGUUUCUGCAGUCUGACAGCUUGUUCCGAUACCAGUUCAACAAGGAAAAGAUGGCCUUUUCACUUCCUCUUCCACAUGGAGGCAAAAAGUUAAAAGAACUGAACAUCCCAACCACGGUGUCUAUUCCUCUCAUAGAUUUACCAGCGAUAGGCCUACAUAUUCCUGCCAAGAACUAUCCACUACCAUCAUUUACCAUACCGCCCUCUUUGGAUUUAACUGUACCCCUUCUUGGUCUGGCUGAAGCAUCCACCAAGAUCAGCAGCAACUUCUACAAUUGGGAAGGCUCAAUUUCAGGGGGCAACAACACUAUUGAUGUCCCAAGCUACAUUGCACAGUAUAAAGCCAUGGCCCAAUCACCUUUCAACCUACUGUCAUACAAGCUUGAAGGAAUUGCGAUGAUGUCAGGAAGAGCUGACGAUAAUCUCAAGUAUCAUUUGAAUAGUUCCUUCAGCCAUAGCCUCAUUGAUGCAAGCAUCAGCGUCUUAGAAAUGUUAAGAGUAACAAACAAACUGAAUGCAAAAGCCAACUAUAAGAUUGAAGCCUCUAGUCCAUUAGGCCUACAAGCUUCACUCUUCUACUCUGCUCAGUCAACUUCCACUCUAAAUUCCGACGAAGUCUCAGGAGAUGGCACUGUGGAUGGAUUACUUGAAAUAGGUUCAUUCAGCACCAAUGCUUCCUACAUCCACAGCUACAACCUUCGUCCACUAGAUAGAGAAGGUAGAGGAGAGUCCACCCUACACUUCAACUCGCCAUUCCUCCAAGUUCACAACAUGAUUCAUGGAGUCUACGCAAACUCUGAGUUGAACAUUGUGUCCAAAACCAAUGCCCAAAAUGACAUCCUGAAGCAUGUAGCAGAGAUCAAGUAUAAAGAUGCUCAACUGACCAUAAAGUGCAACGCUAUUGCCACACCUAUGGGUAAAUCACUUAAUAACAAAGUUGAGCUGGGUGUGUCCAGCAAUAUGGCCAUCCUCAGGAUUGAGUCACAGGCGGAUGAUGACACAAACAGGGCAUACUCACUUAUAACAGGAUCUCUGGAUUCAAAUGGGCUUAAGGUAAACUCUGAAGCUUCCCUCUCCUUAGACUCAGGUCCACGUGGAAUGCACAAAGCUUCUGUUAUGAUUGGCAGGAAUGGUCUGAUCACAAGUGGAACUAACAGCAUUCAGUGCAUCUCUGUAACAAUGGAGAAUAUCUUUAAUGGUGCCAUAGACAACAGUGGAGCAGCCCUGUCCUCCACAAUCAAAGCAAUGGCUGAGGAAAGCAGAGGAGAGCUGAAUAUUGAGGGGAAAAUCACAGCUGAAGAAGCCUCUUUGUAUGGUGUCCUCAAGGGCCAUGCAUAUGAUGCAUCUACAAGAAACAACAUGAAUAUUGUGCUGAACCGAAGAGCUCUGACUUUUACCAGCGAUACCAUGGGAACACUGAAGCAUAUAAGUACAGAAAAUAGCCAUACUCUGAAAGUCACUCUGUGGACCCUAGCCCUCCGCUCCAAGACUAACAACAUCAUCUGUGAAGAUAUUUAUUACAAGCAAGACAUCAAGGUUGAUAUGAAGCCAUUUGUUAUGUCAUUUGAUAUGACAAAUGACCUCAAGCUUUAUGAUGUCGGUUUGAACAAUGAAGGUCACAUGAAGCUUGAGCCAAUUAAAGUGGAUCUGAGUGGAAGUAUGAGCGGAACUUAUGGAGAUGAUCACAACAUUAAAAAUAUCUAUGAACUUAAAUAUGAUGAUCUAGCUGGUGCAAUGAAAUACAGCAUGUCUGGAAAUGUAAUGGAUGCUCAACUAAGUCACAACUGCGAUCUUGAAUUUGCUGGACUUUCCUCAAAGUCAAACUGUGAAGCACGAAUAAAUUCUGAGCCUCUACGUUUUGACAGCACCAUUCGCACCAUGGCACUGCCUUUCAGCCUUACUGUUGAUGCUCUUGUCAAUAGUGAUGGAGAAAUUGAUCUAUACGGGAAGCACACUGGACAGCUGUACAGCAAGUUGUUGGUUAAAGUUGAGCCCUUAGCUCUUGCCUACUCACAUGACAGCAGGGUAUCAACCACACACAUGCUUCCAAGUGGGGAGUCUUCCACUAAUUUAGACAACAAAUUUGAUGGUCUCUUGACACCAAGUCAUCAAUCUCUGACAUUGAAAGUAAAAUCUAAACUAAACAACAAUGCUUUUGACCAGGACAUCAGUGCUUACAAUAAUCCCGAACAGAUUGGAUUUGAGUUUUUAGGAGUAAUGUUAACAGACAUGUUCAGUAAAUUGAACAAAAACAAGAGAUCACUCCCUGAUAUGCAAGAAUUCAUUAUGGCUGGUACCCUCAAGUAUGACAAGAACAGUGACUGUCAUAUCAUUAACAUCCCAUUCAUUGAGAGUUUUCCUGCUGCUUUUGAGCAGCUCAAGAACACACUCAUACAAGCCUUAGAGUCACUGCAACAAUCCAUCGACAAUUUGGAUAUUAAUCAGCUAAUUACUGACUUUAGAGCCAAGUUAGAUCAGUUACCAAUGCAAGUGCGUGACUUCAUGCGAGAAAUUGACUUUGAAAACAAAAUUAAUCAAGUAAAAGCAAAACUUGAUUAUUUGAUUGAUGAGUUUGCUAUAACCAUGGAUGACUUAGAGGAUGUGAUGAACAACUUGCGAAUGAACUUAGAACAUAUGGUGAUGGACAUUGCUACCAAAAUUAGAGAUCUAAUCCAUACAGUAAAAGACUAUGUCAAGACCGGAAACCUUGCAGACAAGAUAACAGACAUGUUUUCAAAGAUUGAAAAUCAGCUUCAGGUUUUUGAUAAGAAGUAUGAAAUUAAGCAUUCACUCAUCAAAGCACUUAAUGCCAUUGAGGACAUCAUCAGACAGAUUGAUUUACACAAGCUUGCAACAAGCAGUGCUGCGUGGUUGCGAGAGCUUGAUUCUAAAUAUUUAAUCUUGGAGAAAAUCAAAGACAAACUGUCUGAAAUGAAACAGGCCAUCGAGAUUUUUGAUGUCAGCAUGUUUUUACAAGAUGUAAAAGAUUACCUUUUCGCAAGUGAUUUGGCAAUGUAUGUUGAGCAGAUAUCAUAUAAAGUUCCUUCUUCAGAAAUAGCAAGAGUGAUUGAAUCAAUGAAUGAUGUAAUUGUCAACUGGAUUGAUGAAUAUGAAAUCCCCCACAAACUCAAUGCAGUGUACACUUACAUCAGGGAUCUUCUUGUAAAAUAUAAUCUUGAUGAUAGAUUCAAACAAUUAAUGGACCAGAUAGUGAUUCUCAUCAGAGAAUUCAAAAUUGAUGAGACUGUGCAGUCAAUGGUAGAUGCUCUGAAAUCUAUCAACUUCGAAUUUGGUUAUCAUACAAUUAUGGAGUUUUUGCACAAUGUAACAAGCAAGCUCAGAGCAAUUGACUUUAAGGAAAGCAUUGAUGACCUUAAUGAACACAUUUCUUCAACGCUUAAGUCAAUGAAGGAGUUUGAUUACACUGCAUUUGUUGAGCAGACGAACAAGAAGAUUACUGAGCUAACAAACUAUAUCAAUGAGCAGAUUAAAACAUAUGAGAUUGUGCAAAAAAUCGAGGCAGUCAGGGAAUUUUUCAGAGAGAUCCAAACUUCUGUUUACACAUAUUUGGAUGGACUUAAAAAUACAAAGGUUGCAGAUGCUCUAAAGAAACUAAAAAGUGUGAUUGACACUACAUUUUACAAUGACAUCAAGAUGAAAAUGAAGGACAUUCUUGAGGACAUGAAACAAAGGAUCUUUGACAUGGAUAUCAGAGACGAAAUAUACAUUUACCUCCAAAGAGUAAGUGAGUCCUACAGUAAUAUCGUUGCCUACAUUUCUGCACAGUUAAAUCAACUGAUGGAGAAGAUAGCAAAUGUGGCAAAUGACAGCAAAAUCAUAAGACAGAUUAAGCAAGCUGUAGCUGGAGUUCUGGACACACUGAAAACAGCUGAGAUUAAAGUUUCCACUUUUACCGUACCUCUCACUGACCUUGUCAUUCCAGCAUUUACAAUCAACCUGAACAAACUACAGGAGAUCAGCGUCCCAGCUCAAAUUUCAGUCCCUGAGUUCACCAUCCUUAACUCCUACAAAAUUCCUGCCUUGACCAUAGACUUUGAUGAGAUCAAAGCUAAAAUCGUUGCAAUCAUAAAUGACAUUAUAGAAUUUGAGAUCCAAAUGCCUGACCCUGAGGACGUUUUUGGAGACCUAAAAGUCCUCUACCUAACAGAGCUACCUGAUCUCACCUUCCCAGAAAUAACACUUUCAGAAAUAAAGUUCCCAGUCAUCAGCAUUCCCACAUUAAAUCUGAAGAACUUUGAAAUCACAAUGCUUCCUAUACCAGAAAUCAAUUUGCCUAAGGUUCCCAGUGACAUUUGUAUCCCAGUUUUUGGCAAACUCCAUGGAGAAUUUAGAGUGAACUCCCCAUAUUACAUUCUAGUUACUACUGGAAAGAUUGAGAACUCAACAUCCAUACCAAAUAACCCACAGUUUACAGCCGCUAUUACAUCUAAUGCCAAAUCCCCCUUUGAGCCACUCGAAUACACCUUUGAAGCCACUGCUCAGUUGGAAACUCCCAGAAUGAAGAAGUUGCUUUUCACAGAAACAAUGAAAGCUUCACACAUGGCCUUCUCCACUGAUCAUAAAGGCUCCUUGACACUCACUGGCAUGUCAGCUGAGGCUUCUGCUAAGACAACUGCCAAGGCCACAACCCAAAUGUACACAGCAGACCUAGUCAACAAUAUGGCACUUACAUUGAAGAGUGGAAUCUCUGCAACAAUAGACACAACCUAUGACCACAACAUGGACAUACCAUCAAUUGAAACUUCAAGUCAAGCAUCACUGAAACAAAAUAUAGCAGCUACAGUGGAACCUGGCAGAAUUACCGUGACUGGUGAAACUACUGGUAAUGGAAAGUGGUCAAUUCAAGACUACUCUGAUGAAGGGACACACAAAAGCAAUGCAGAAUUCAACAUCAACUUUAGCACUGCCAAGUUAACUUUUACAGGAGAAACCGAUUGUAAGUCCUUGAAAUCGACGCAAUCACUGACUGCUGAAUCUGUGAUCUUCAGCCAUGUCACUGUUGAAGUAAAAUGUGAAUCUGAACUUCCAUCUGUCAGGAAGAGUGUUAUGCUUUUAAAUGGAGAAGCUAAUAUUGGAGAACUGAAAGUUGCUCUGACAGGCUCUCAUGAUGUUGAAUUAACUGGAAGUCUGCUUGGAUCCAUGAGCAACUCAUUGGAAUUCAUAGCCCAUCCAUUUGAAAUUGUGCUUGAUGUUAAGAAUAAAGUAAACUCAAAGAUUUUCUUCCCUCUGAAGCUCACUGGUAAGGUGGAUCUCCAGCACGAUUAUGGUGUCAUACUAAACUCUGAGAGGCAGUAUGCUUGUUGGUUUGCUUUGGCAAGAUUCAACCAAUACAAGUACAAUCACAACAUCACAGCAGAAAACAAUGAGAUGGACAUCUUCAUUCACUCAUCAGCUAACGGAGAGGCUAAUCUUGACUUCUUGACUGUUCCUCUCUCUAUCCCAGUAAUAAACAUACCUUAUCUCGAAAUUAAAACACCUGAGGUCAGAGAUCUCUCACUGUGGGAACAUGCUGGAUUCAAAACCUUCCUUACCACUCCUCAACAGACAUUUGAUAUGUACCUGAAGCUUCAUUACUACAAGAACCCUGAAGCACACAGCUUUGAGUUAUACCUUGAGCCAGUCUACAAUGCAGUCAGUGACAAUGCCAACAUCUUUCAGGCUCAAUUUGAACAAUUUAGAGACAAAGUAGUUGCAUUUCUUAAAGAUUCAUACAACCAAGCAAAAUCACAGUAUAUCAAACACAAAAUUGACACUUCUAGUCUGCCUCCGAGAAUCUUUACUGUCCCUGGAUAUAAAAUUCCAGUGCUGGAUAUUGAAGUUUCUGCUUUCAGAGCUGAGAUGCCAGCAUUUAGCUACUUUGUUCCCAAGGAGGUUAGUACGCCAAGCUUCAAAGUUCCAGCACUGGGUUUCUCUGUACCAUCCUAUACACUUGUACUACCAUCUUUGGAGUUUCCAGUCAUCCAUGUUCCAGAAACUUUAAGUGAAAUAAAUUUGCCCACGUUCACACUACCAGCCAUUCAAAACAAUGUUGUGAUUCCAGCCAUGGGUAACAUAACUUGUGAUUUCUCCUUCAAAUCCACUAUGAUUACCUUAAGUGCUAAUGCUGGCCUUUACAACCAGUCUGACAUUGUUGCUCGGUUUGGCGCUGCCUCAACAUCUGUAUUUGACGUUUUGAAUGGAAAAAUUGAUGGCACCACCAGUUUGACAAGAAAGAGAGGGAUAAAACUGGCCACUAUAGUGUCCCUGGAGCAUAACAAUGUGAAAGCAAACCAUGACUUUGCUGUUAGUCUCACUAAAAGGAGCAUGGAAGCUUCUGUAGCCAACACUGCAAAAAUCAAUCUCCCCUUUUUCAAUCUAGAAUUGAAUCAGGAACUUACUGGAAAUACCAAGACCAAGCCAAAUGUCGCAUCCAAGAAGAAAUUGAAAUACAUGUUUAACAUUCCUCUAAUUGAAUCUGCAGGCAAAGGAAACCUUGAUAUGAACUGGGCACUGGAAGCACUUUCCUCAUAUGUGUCACUGGAGACCUCUACCCAAGGGAAGUCAGACAUAACGAUAAUGGACAGUUGUAACUUUGCUGGUGAUCUAGAAAAUGAGGCCAGUUUCUAUCUUAAUGCCAAUAGCCUGCGUUCAACUGUCAGGACUGCCUUCAACUCAAACAUUGACAAACAGGAGAAACAAAAGCGAAGCUCAAACAACAACAUCUUCCAGUUUGACUUGAAUAAGAACUUAGCUCUUGAGGUCUCCUUGCGUCGUUUGUUUGCAACAGUCGAUUACACAAGCAAUAACAAUGUCAAUUUUGCAUCUUUCAACACAAAUGGAAAGCAUAUACUUAAAGGAGAACUGGACUUUGUUCCUUUAACAAGCUUAGCAACUACAUUGAACAUUGAUGCAAGUCAGCCAAGUAGUUUGGGUCAUGCUGGACUCAUUGAAAGUGUCAGUCUUUCCCUCGGCUCAGCAAAGCAGUCAUUCACCUGGAGUGGUAAAGAACAGCUGGCAUCCCUCAUCCAUGCUUGUGACUAUAUUGUGUCCAAUGAUGAAUCUGAAGUACGCAUGGACUUGACUGAAUCUCUGGAAGGACACCUAACUUUCCUGAAGUCAGUCAAGCUUCCUGUAUAUCAGAGGACCCUCUGGGAUGUGCUCAAGUUUGAUCAGGUCACAAAUAAAGACAACUUGCAAUUCCUUAACAUUUCCUCCAGCAUUGUAUACACAAAGAGUAUGGAAGGCCAGGAGUAUAAAAUACCAUUUAAACUAUUUGAAACUGGUGUCACAUUUAGCAUCCCUGGAAUUGAAAUUGCUGUGCCCUCUUGGGUAAGAGAAAUUCCAGACUCCAUAAGGAACAUAGAUAAGCGAAUUGAAAGCCCUGAUGUCCCUGAUCAUUUCACUGUUCCUCCUGUAAUCGCAGUUCCAGCUUUUGAUGUGCCAUUUACCAACUUACAUGUAGAACCCUUUACAAUUGAUCCUAAGAAUCUUAACAUCCCUAAGGUGAUCACCACAACAGCCUUUGAAAUCAUGUUGCCUGGGUUGCCAACAAUAUCAGUGCCCAGUUACAAUGUUAAAACAGAGUAUCUACAGGGGAGAAUGUCAUUCCUUUCAUUCAUGAUGCCACAGUAUGAAAUCAGAGUCUCACCUUUCACACUACCAAAAUCCUUUACCAUUGGAGAUCACACAAUCAGCCUGGAAGAAAUCACAACCCAGUUUUCAAACUUUGAACUUCCAACCAUCGUCAUUCCAGAGCAAAAAAUUGAUAUCCCUGAAAUUGCCCUACAUUUACCGUCAAGUGUGUUCAUCCCUGAUUUUGGAGCCCUCAGUGCUUCUUUGAAGGUUUCCUCCCCUAUUUACACUGUGUCAACAACUACCAACCUGGAGAAAAAGGAUUCUAGCCUUGUAACUUCACUGAAUUCCAUCUGUACUUCUACCAUGAUCUUCUUAGAAUACGACCUCUCUGCCAGUGCAAUACUUGGAUUUGAAAAUGGAGUAAUGAAUCUAAAUGGGAAGGGCAAUUUGAUUCACAAUGAUGUAAACGUUGACUGGCAACAUGUUAUGGCACAAAACCUGAGUGACUCUACACAUGGUCCGUCCUUAAAGUGUUGUUUCUCCUUUACACUAAGAAGGAUAAAGCGCCAAACACCUCUGGCUGAUUCCACGGAGUCUCGUCAUACUCUUAAUGUUGACGUCGCCAGCCAAACAUUUUUUGAUGCAAACUUCCGCUUUGCUUCCCGCAAAGAUGGCAUCACUGCAUCUGUGUCUUCCCCAUCAUCUGGUUUCCUGGGAGUGCAUCUUCAGCGGAGGUCUAUGUCACAGUUGUAUGGAAAACUGUUUAGUCGCUACCUGACUGCCCCUGAAAAAGAUAUAGAUGUUUUCAUUGCCAAAGCCACACUUAAAAACUCUCAGAAGUUGAUCUUACAGACAUCAUGGAAUUGGGAGUUCCUACAUGAUGUGAUUGAGGGCACCAAGGACAGGAUUCCUGCUAUGACUGAUGCUGUGUACAAGUUCAUUAACAAGUAUCACACCACCCACUUUGGUUUUGAUCUCAACCGUGGCAGCCUGAAGUUGAAAAACACAGUUUCCAGUGUCAUAGAGAGAGCCUAUCAUGAGGUUCCUAUGUCUUUUAAUACACUGCAGAAUUCAAUCAGACAGCUUAUUGAUCAAGGAAAAGACAUGUACAUGAAGGCAUCUGACAGUUUGAUGUCCAUGAGACUGCAGAAUGUUAUAGACCAGUUGGGUCGCAAAAUUGGACAAGUCUUGGAAUGGACUGAAGACAAGAUUUAUGCCUUGCUAAAUGCAGUAAGACAGCUUUUGAGGGACACAAAGUUUACAGUACCCGGAUCUGAAGAGGAGCUCUCGAGCUUGGAGAUGUUUCAGAUAGCUCGUCGGUCUGUAUCAAGAGACACUGACAGGGCAAUCCAAAGGUUUACGAGUGUCAUAGAGAAGAUUUCUAGAUACAUCAGGGAAAUAGAGUUCACCAUACCUGGAACUGAUGUUGUUGUUAAUGGAAUCAAGAUCAUAGAUAAUGUGAACUCUUUAACAAGUUAUGCAUAUGAGCAGCUAAAAAUUGUAGUGCGCAAGGGAACCCGUUUCGUUCGUAAAACAGUUGAUGACCUAAUCCAGGUCAUUGGUGAAAAAGGUGAGAAUUUCCUCACCUACCUACAAGAAGAAAACAUGGAAAUUGCUUCACAAAUUGAUGCUAUCCAUGCAGAGGUUCUGAAGUCUUCAAAGCAACAUAUUGAUGAGGCAAAGAAAAUUUUGGCUGAGUAUAAAGACCUUGCCAAACUGCAGAUUGAAGAGGCUUAUAAUUUAAAUAUGACACGUGUAAACCUUGACACUGUUGAGUUGAUCAAUAUUUUCCAGUCACAUCUUUAUGGAGGACUUAAUGAAGCUGUAGAUCUAAUGAGAAGGAAUUCCCAGAGCACAGCACCAUAUUUUAAAGCGACCAACAAAAAGAUCGACAUUGAAAUUCCUUUACCCUUCCUUUGGAAGUCUUUCAGUGAAUGGCCAAAGCCAUCCAGGCACUGAGUUGUGCCUCUCUUGUUAAAGUGGUUUCAUUAUGGCUGACCUGUGUGGAAAAAGUACUAAAAACUUAUUUGAUGCAGAUAAAAAUUGAUUUAAGGUGUUUUAACUUAGAUGAUAUACAUACAAGUUAUAUGACAUUUCUUUAAAUUUCACGAUUUAUAUAAAUUACCUACUGAUGUUUCACAUGUAAUUUAGAUGAUUGUGUUCAAUUAAACAAUGUUAAAUACCA